AUGAUACGAAAUGAAGGGGACCUGACGAAAGAAAUUGAGAAGAGAAUAAGCAGCGCAACGAGAUUGUAUCUCGCGCUAACAAAAUCGAUUAUAGGAAGAAAGGAAGUAAGCAGGAAAACAAAGAUGACGAUAUUUAAGACAAUAUACCGACCUACAUUAAUACAUGGAAGUGAGAGCUGGGUGUUAAAUGAUCCGCUGAGGAGCAGAAUGCAGGUGAUAGAGAUGAAAUAUUUAAGAAGAGUGCAAGGACUAACACGAAGAGAUGAGAUACCAAACGAAAUAAUAAGAAAAGAACUCGAAAUAGACCCAGUACUACAAGUAAUUGAAAAUCAACGGCUAAAAUGGUUUGGAUACUUGAUAAGAAUGAGCGAACAACGGCCAACGAAAAGAGUAUGGGAACCAAGAAUUAUAAGUAAUAGGAAACGAGAUAGACCAAAACUUACAUGUAACGACGAAAUGGCAAAGAUACUGAGGAAAAGGAACCAAGAAUGGGACAGGGCGAAAUCUAUAGGGAAAAACAAAAGAGAAUGGAAUAAAAUGGUAUAUUGGGACGCAUGA